UCACUUUGACGUCUUUGACAUUUGACACAACUUUAGAUUUUGAUUCCAUUUCCUCACACACAACACAAUAUUUUACGUUAUCGCAAAAAUGACCGAAAUCACCGGUGAAAGUGGAAAACCACGGGUGCUGAUACUAGGGGGAUGCGGAUUCAUCGGGCGAAACCUGGUGCAUUAUUUGACAUCAAAUGACCUCGUCAGCGGCAUUCGUGUGGUGGACAAAACUCCACCGCAACUGGCUUUUUUGAACCCGACACAUAGUAAAGCGUUCGAGGACCCCCGCGUUGAAUACAAGAGCGCUAAUCUCAUUAAUCCAGCAUCAUGCGCCUCGGCUCUAGACCCCGGGGACGGAGCUCUAUGGUCGCUGGUCGUCAACUGUGCAGCAGAGACUCGCUCUGGACAGACAGAGCCUGUGUACCAAGAGGGGAUUGUCACUCUGAGCAUCAAUGUGGCCAAGACUUGCGCCAAACUGAAGUGCCGCCUGGUUGAGAUGUCCAGUGGAUUCAUGUACAGCUCUGAUAAGCCCCACACCGAAGACGGCCCAGUGUCCCCGUGGACGACGGAGGCCAAGAUGAAGCUGCAAGUAGAAGAUCAGCUGCACGCGCUGGCCCCGGAGCUGCGGUACACGGUGCUGCGGCCAGCCAUCGUGUACGGACCCGGCGACCGGCGGAGCUUCACGCCCCGCCUGCUCCUCGGCGCAAUCUACAAGCACCUGAACGAAACAAUGAAGCUGCUAUGGACAGCGGACCUCAAGCUAAACACCGUCCAUGUGACAGAUCUGUGCCGGGCCAUCUGGCAUGUUGGGACGAGGUCUGACACGGUCGGGAAGAUAUACAAUGUGGUGGACGAAGCUAACAGCUCGCAGGGGAGUUUAGCGGAGAUUGUGUCUGAGAUAUUCAAGAUUAACCAUGAUUACUAUGGCACGGCUAUUUCUACUUUGGCUAAGACAGACCUAGCCUCCGUAGCCGAGGAAGCGAACGACAAGCACCUCACGGCCUGGGCGGACAUCUGCCGGCGCUACUCGCUGAGCCACUGCCCGCUGGAGCCGGGCGCCGCGGCCGAGCUGCUGCGGCGGCGCCAGCUGUGCCUCAGCGGCGCCGCGCUGGCCGGGACGGGGUUUAGCGUCACUGUGCCGAGACCUACGGCGGAGAAUAAUGCUGAGGUAUUGGAAGACUUUGUGGCCAUGAACCUCUUCCCAAAGGAACUGCUCCUGUGAUCUAAUCCAGAAGUAAAAGUAAAAUGUAAGAACAAGUCAAUCUCCCAGUGAUACCGACAGUCGCGCUAGUUUCGUUCACUCAUUCAGUCAUUAUUUUAGUUCACCUUGUUAGAACGCAAAGAAUGAAAGGAACUCUGUUACAAUAUUUUUACUACUUGUAGUUUGAAAAGGCUUUUAUAGAAUAUUUUCUUCAAGCAAAUUUCAAAUUAUGUGCAACUAAUUGUACUUAUUGGUAUUUAUUUUUACCAUUACGUUGACUAUUCUUUUUCUUAAUCGAAUGUUACGAUUUUAUAUUUUAUUGCAAAGUAUAUUUACUGUGAUAGCUCUAAGCUAGUAUGAGUAUGUCUCACUAAGAAAAAUACUAUCUUAUGAAAGAUUCCGCCGAUUUUGAUAGAAUUAACCUAUUUGGAGACUAAUACGACAAUAAAAAGAUGUAGGAUACAUUAAAAUUAACUUUUUAAAGAAAACAUAACUUUAUAUGUAAGGAAACAAAGACUGCGGAGACCAAAAAGCAAUUCCUUCCUUGCUUUUUUACUAAAAUCUUCCAAUAUAUUGACUAAAAGUAAUAUCCAGACACAUUCCUAUAACAAUACUUACCCUAAGACUUAUAUUCCUGUCUUGCAUUUACAACUUAAAUAUUACCAUGUGAAUAGUCAAAUGUGACUAGUCAACCCAACAACUGAUAGGUUAGGUUGCAAACCGUAUCGACGAGGUUAUAAAAGUACUAAGUACAUACUGAUGAAGAAAUUGCUGCUUCUAUGCUACUUGCGGUAUAAAUCCUAUGAGAUGUUCCAAAAGUUUUUUUUACAUAUAAAUUUUAUUGAGAUUAUUAUAUUACUCAUAGAUUAUGUUAAGAAACAAGGUUUCAGCUAUGUGUUGUAGGUACUUAUACGUUAUUGUACUACGAAAUAAGUUAAUUAAGUUCAAUCGUAUUUUUUUAUGGUUUCACCAUUUUUAUCGGUAAUAUUUUAUUUUUAGUACGUUUCGUAGUACCUACAUAAAUUUCUUAAGCAAAGGUAAUUAAGAAAUUAAAGCUUGUGCAUAAUAAACAUACUUAAUUAUAUAUGUACUUAUUUUAUAAUUGUUUACGUUUUAAAAUACAUUAGAAACUUUUCGAAAUUGAUAUAAAAUAUUAAUCGGAUAGUCAAUAAACAUUUUGUAGUCAGAAAA